CCCUGCAGAUUUCUCAGAACAAGAUCAAUUGGAUCCUGAUGAUUGUACAUUGCUCUAACUUUGGAUCACUCUCCAGAACUUCAUCAUUUGUAUCAGGCAUAAUCACUCUCAGCCUCCCAGUGAGAAAACAUCCAAGAGACCAUGAUAUCUGCUUCAUUCUUCGGAAGAUAUGCGGCGGUUAGGUCUGUAGCAAUCAUCACCGCCCGAACGAGCGGCUUCAUCACAAGUGGCCGUCAGAUUGUUUGUCCGCCCAAAAGGAUCCAGUCCUUCCAUUCUCGAUGUCAUUCCACAACAGCCUCCACUACUAGUAAUGCUAAUGGUGAUGCCAAGCCCUGCAGUGUUGCCAUUGUGGGGACGGGUCCGUCUGGUUGCUAUACGGCCAAAUAUUUGUUGAAUGCCUUUGACAAGAAAUCCACCACCAAUAGUAGCGGUAUUCACAUUGACAUGCUCGAACGAUUACCGACACCCUACGGACUGGUACGAUACGGAGUGGCACCCGAUCACCCGGAAGUCAAAAAUGUCGAGAAUGAUUUUGCACAACUCUUUGUUGACAGCAAUCGAAUCCAAUUCUGGGGCAAUGUGGCCGUGGGAUCAGACGCCGUCGUGUCUCUGGAAGAAUUGCGAGAGCUCUAUGAUGUCGUGGUGCUGGCAUACGGGUGUGCAUCGGAUCGAAAAUUGGGUUUGCCAGGAGAGACGAGUCUCUUGGGGAUUGUGAGUGCCCGAGAAUUUGUGGCAUGGUACAAUGGACAUCCCUAUUUUGAUCACAUUGGUUACGAGGUGGCAAACGCUUUAGGCAACGACAAUAACGACAAUCCAAAACAUGUAGUGAUCAUUGGACAAGGAAAUGUGGCACUGGAUUGUGCCCGAGUGCUUGCCAAGGGCGCUCAGGGAUUGAAGGACACGGAUAUUGCUUCGAGAUCCUUACCCAUUAUUGGAGAAGACGGGGUGGCCAAUGUUACGGUUGUGGGGCGACGGGGACAUAUCCAAGGAGCUUUCACCAUCAAGGAACUCCGUGAAUUGACCAAAUUGCAAGCGGAAGGACAUGGAGCCAAGUUUGUAGUAUUAGAGGAAGAAUUGGAUUUGGGAGAAACGCCGGCAUCCAAACAGGAGCUAGAACAAAAAGGAAGUAGACCGAAAGUGAGAAUCAACAAACUGCUCCGAGAUGCAGCAGCGGCAUCGUCCAACCAUGAUGACACGACAACAAUGGACACCAAACAAGUCCAGCUUCGGUUUCUGCUCAGUCCCAAGGAAUUCCAGCCCUCGGAUGCAGAUCCAUCCGCGGUAGGCGCAGUAGUCUGCGAAAGAACCCAGUUGGAAGGAGAACCUGGCAAGCAACGAGCAGUUGGGACGGGUCAAUUGGAAACCUUCCCUGCGAAUCUGGUACUUGUGAGUAUUGGAUACAAAGGCACUCCCUUGCCUGGUUUGGAGCAAUGGUUUGAUGCCCAACGAGGCGUGGUACAAAACAGGGGUGGCAAGGUGGACGAAGCGACUGCAGCUUUGGGUGGUCUCUACGUUUCCGGUUGGCUGAAACGAGGUCCCAGCGGGAUUAUCGGAACCAACAUUAUGGAUGCCAAGGAUACCGUUGUCAACAUUAUGAAAGACUUGGAUGCAUCCAACUCUGAUGACAGCAAAUCCGACGCCAGAGAAAAACUACUGGAGUUAUUACAGCAAAGAGGCGUUCAUGUGGUUUCGUGGUCGGACUUUCAAAAGAUUGAUGCCAAGGAGACAAGUGCCAGUUACAAACGAACCGACCAACAGCCACGAGAAAAGAUUGUCGAGCUAGACGAAAUGCUGGAAGCCGCCGGUGUUGCUUCACGGUAGCUUUUAGAAUGUAGUAAACACAAUUCUACCCUCCAAGUUUUAGCAAACCUCCAAUAAUUGCAACGGUGCAAAAGGUUUAUUCUACAGUACACUGAAAUUUCAGCAAACGAACCAUUGUGGUGGGCGACGGCAGGCCAAGAGUUUCCUGUCGAUUGUUGAUUGUAAUUCUGUUGCCAGCAGUAAUUCCAUUACUAUUAUUGUUGUUGUUCUUGCUUAUUAUUUUUCCCUCGCUUGGGUCUUUCCUUUUUGACGGCUUUCAUGUACUUGCCAUUUUCUUCAUAGUACUUGAUGGAAUCCAUAUCCGAAAACGUCCUGCCAAUGACAUUGCCCCCCAAUCGCUUGACCAUGUCACCCACCAAUUUGGAAUAGCCUCCCGCAGAAGCAAUGAAAUGUUUGGAAUGCGACAGAUAGUAAAAAUCGGCAUCGGCAUCACCGCCGUCUAGGUUGAUGGUGACAUUGUUCCCGGCCUUUUCCAAUGCGCGGACCAAGCAGCCACUGUAGACGCGAGAAUAAAAGAAACUGAAUUGGAUGAUUGAAUGAAUUGUGGAUUGUUGUGUGGGUGGAAAAGCAAGGUGAAAAAACAAAACAUCCAAGGUUCCUCCAAUGAUAAUGACAUUUUUGCUUCCGGAUUGUUCAAUAUUGUCAAGGUAUUCAUAAACCGACUUGAUGGAAGACCGGUAUCCCUCCGUGUGCAGUGGAUCUCCUCCUUGUGUGAGCAGUGUAAAGACGGGAUCUUUGGAUUCUUCAAUGACAUCUCCCACUCUCAAAUGCAGCACAAUGGCAUCUUCGGGUGGUGUGGCGGUCUUGUAGGGCACGAAAUCCUUCAUUUGUUCCAUGACUUCGGCCACAACAUCCAUAUUGCCACCACUUAUAUACCGCGGAUUGGGUGUUCCACUCUUUUUGUAAAUGCGAGGACAGGCAAUUUUGCUGUAAUUGAGUGCCAGAGGCCGGGGUUCGUCGGGUUGGAAAUUUUUGCCAUUGCCACAACGGGCACACAUUUUGAUACAGUCGCCCAGUGGGUAUACGGGAUGAUCAUUCUUGAAUUUGCGACACCAAGGAGCUUCCUUUUCGCAUUCGGCAAUCAACUCGUUGGCACAGGAAUGCAACCAUUGGUCGGUUAACCAAGUGUGCUUUUUCAGUAACGGACUGUUCCGGUAUUCGGUGGGGUCCAUGCCCGGGGAAACAGCAGUACUUGUAUCCGCAGCAGCAUUGCUCGUAUCAACAGCAGUGUUUGUAGAUGAUGUCGUUAUUUUGUCAACCCCAACAUUACUCUGUGCAAUACUUGCUGUCUCCCUCCUAAUUUCCCUGCUGCUGCUGGAUAAGAGAAGUGGAGCUUGUUGUUGUGGGGGUAUUGGCGGCGAUCGAAAGCUCAUCAACAUGCAUCCCAGCACAAACGAUGCCAGCAGACUACCAAAAUACAGUUGCCUGGAUAUCCGAAUCUCUUCAUUUUGCCGUCGAAUGGGGGCAAUAGAGACCUUCAUGGUGUGAUAUUGUACAACCUGGAAGGAGCAGCGAAGAUUGUGUCAAUGCGCGGUUCCUCUUUCAUGUUUCGCUCGGCACAAAAUAGAGGGUCCGUGAACAAAUCAAUUGGUAGUCUAAUUUUGUGACUUUGCUUUCUAAAAUAAACGAACUUUGACCAUUUUGACUUUUUAACCAAACAAGCUUGGUACAGUAUCACAGGCUUAUGCAUACGGUAUUCAUAACCAGCUUGUCGGCGGCUUAUUUGAUCUUCGAAAGAGUUCUUGGAUGGAUUUAUCCCAUACGUGAAAC